AUGUAUGUAGACGAUCGCGCUUCGCUCUCGCGGCUGUCCACAUUACUAGAGUCGGAGGAGACCAAUUUGUUGAGCAGCCCUGAUAUUAACCAAUCUUUUGAUGCCUUUGCUCGGAUUGCUAUGCAACAAGCGGAGAAGAACAGGCGGCGUCAAUGUGAUGAGACGUCUAUCAGCAACAACCCAAAGUCUCCACAGCCUCAAGGACCUUGGUAUUUGCGACCAAGUUACUCUGAUGAGCUCAAAGCUGAUACGGAUGGUCAAGUCAAAGCGGGUACCCUUCGAGCUCUUGUAGAGAAGCUGACGAUCGAUCCAAUUCGUUCCCAUGAUCUUGAAUUUCGAAAGAUAUUCCUGCUCACGUUUAGGAGUUUUGUGACAGCGGAGAGACUAUUUGAUUUGCUAGUGGAACGUUUUGAGAUGCGAGGACCGAGUAAUUUGUCGCCUCAAGAGAUUGAAGAAUGGAAGGAGAAGAAACUGAGACCGGUUCAGAAUAGGGUGUUGACGGUGAUGACGAUGUGGUUGGAGGAUUACCACUUGUUGGACGAGGAGCCGGAGAUUGCGCAGAAGCUGACAAGUUUCCUCUCAGCCAUCGUCAUGCCAUCGCACUUGGUGCUCACGGCGAAGUUGAUCCUGCAGUCACUGGAGCGUAUGACCUUUGCGCGGCCUACCUCACUUAGUCAUCAAGCUUCUUUGCGCAGGUGUCGCAAGCCAAAAUCGCACAAGAACGAUUUGCUUCGGUGGAAUCCAGAUGAACUGGUCGAGCAGCUGUGCCUUAUCGAGCAUAAAUAUUAUGCAAACAUUCGGCCUCAAGAAUGUCUUAAUUGGGCUAAACUACAAACAGGAGAAGAGGUGGAAAACAUUACCACCUUCUGCCACACACACGACCAGCUUUCGGCGUGGGUGAAAGUGAGCGUUUUGAACAGCGAUGUUUUGGGCAAAAGGGCGGAUGUGAUCGAUUUUUGGAUCAGAGUUGCAGAUAAAUGUCGGAACGUCCACAAUUUUCAUUCGAUGAGUGCUGUGAUGGCAGGCCUGUCAAGCGUCGUUAUCGCACGGUUACAUCUGACCUGGUCGCACUGCAGUCGGAAAUCACAGUAUGAUGCGUUGGUGAAAGUGUGCGACCCAUUGAAUGGGUCCUCAGGCUAUAAAUGUCUUCUGACAUCCACAGAAGGACCUUGUAUACCCUAUGUUCGGACGUUCCUCACGGACGUCAUCCAGAUCCAAGGCCAAUACAACGACACGAUCCCACUCUCGGCUUCCCAAGGCGACGUGGCCUUCAUUUCGUUCACGAAGCGGCAGAGAUGGCAUGAGACGGUAACGACGAUGCUUCGUUAUCAGUCAAAGCCUUACCAGUUCGUCGUCGAUCCGUCUGCACGGAGUUUUAUCGAGGGGGUGUUGUAUUCGUCUGGUACGGCUGGCCAAGACUGGUUCUGGUCGAAGAGUCAGGAAAUUCAGCAGUCGGAGCUGGCUCAUGCGGAUAUCAGGAAGGGUCUGGAGGCGGCUGGAUUUUGA